AUGCUGUCCAUCCUGAGAGGCACUCAGAGGUCCUUCCAGGUGGUUCUCUUGUUCCUGGUGUUGGCUGUGUUCCUGUUGGUCGUUUUCCUGCAUGUGGACCUCAGACUCCUUACGCCGGACAAGGCCCAGGAAUCACCGGUCACUAACAUCAUGUUCCUCAAGACUCACAAGACAGCCAGCAGUACAAUACUCAACAUCCUCUACCGCUUUUCAGAGUCUCACCACCUCUCCAUAGCGCUGCCCGAGGGCUCUAGGGUCCAUCUGGGUUACCCCUGGCUUUUUGUGACACAGUAUGUGGAAGGCCUGAAGCAGGACAGCCGCCUGCAGCAUCACUUCAACAUCAUGUGCAACCACCUUCGGUUCAACUUUCCCGAGGUGCAGAAAGUCAUGCCCAGCGACACUUUCUACUUCUCCAUCCUCCGGAACCCGGUUUUCCAGCUGGAGUCUUCCUUCAUCUACUAUAAGAACUACGCACCUGCCUUCCAGAAAGUCAAGAGCCUGGACGAAUUCCUGGCAGAUCCGUCGAGGUACUACAACGCCAAUGUGAGCCUCAAUAAUAUCUAUGCAAAAAACAACAUGUGGUUUGAUUUUGGCUUUGACAACAACGCCCCAGCCGACGAGGACUAUGUUCGCAAGUGCCUUGCGGAGGUGGAGCAGCGAUUCCAUCUGGUGCUCAUCGCAGACUACUUUGAUGAGUCCAUGGUGCUGCUGCGCAGACGGCUGCGCUGGCAGCUGGAUGACGUCGUGUCCUUCAAGCUGAACGUGCGCAGCCAGAGUACGGUCUCGCACCUGACGCCCGAGAGCCAGGAGCGUGUCCAGCGCUGGUGCGCGCUGGACUGGCAGCUCUACCAGCAUUUCAACCGCACGUUUUGGGCGCAGCUGCAAGAGGAGCUAAGCCCAGGCCAGCUCACAGAGGAGCUGGAGCAGCUGCGGGCGAGGCAGCGUGAGCUCACUGCCCUGUGUCUUCAGGAUCCCGAGCCCAAGAACAGUACACACAUAGAUGACCGCAAUCUGCGCCCUUACCAGAGCGGAGAGGCUAAAAUUCUGGGCUACAACCUUAGGCCUGGUCUGGACACCACCACCCUGGGUUUCUGUCGGAGGAUGGCGAUGCCGGAGCUCCAGCACAUGGCCCAUCUGUACUCGCUGCAGUUUCCCGACAAGACUCCCAAGGACAUCCCAAUCCAGAAAAAGUAG